CGCCGUGGCAUGCGUUCGCCAUCACCGAUCAGCCACCAGACGGCUGUCACCCCAUCCCCAGUCUAUCAUCCUGCCCGACGACUAUCCUGUCUUCACCCUCGCCUGUCGACACCAAACCUCUGUCCUCGCAACGGGUCGUUCGAGUCCGGCCUGUCCACGGAUCCCCCUACUUACUCGCUUCUCUUCCUGACUCACCCUGGCUCGCAAACCUGCCGCUCCGCUCGCGUUCCCUUGCUUGCUCGCCUUUGAUCAAUGCUUCUGACAAUACUGCCCGCAAUGGUGCUCUCCACAGCGGCGGCCUCGGGCUUCAGCAUAUCUUCGCUCUCGUUCUUCUCGCUGUUCUUCGGAGCAUCCAAAUCGCACAGCAAGCCGGCCAAGACUGCGAGCACCCCGAAAACCAGACAUGUCGCCGCCCAGGCAGAAACCAAACCCUCCGCACCCCAAAAAAUAGCACGCGACGCCCAGGCAGAUACCCCUCUCGAGUCUCAAUCUCCCGACUCGGCCUAUGCAACUCUGCUGAGCGACAGCAUCCGUGCAGAAUCUGCAACUCCAGGAGCCAGCCCCGUCCCCACGAGCCCAAUGUCUCCGGUGGUGGCAGCUUCUGCGAGCAUCUCUCCUGUCAGCCCGCAGCUCAUCAACAGCCUCAAUCCCCAUGAUCCCGUCACUGACCCCAGCGAGCCUGUCGAUCGAUCCCAUUCGGCCGUCGCAACGCAAAAAGGUGGGUUCUUGCGGGACGGCUGGCGAUUCCUGACCCGAAACGUCUUCAAACGGUCGACUCUCGAGACAGGCGCCCAACACCUUUUCCGGUCGUCCACAUCCAAGCCGGAGGCCAAAGCCACUGCUGCCGCCACGGCUGUGUCUCCUGUCUCUGCCUCCUCAUUCGACCCCUCUCCACCAAUGUCGGGUCUCCGUUCCCCUCUCGCUCCGACAUCUUCUGCCCCUCCUGUCCUGCGAAUUCCUCCUCCUCCAGUAGACCCGGUCCCCCCAAAGCGGAGCCAGUCGCUUCUCUAUCGUUCAGACGAUCCCGCUUCGGCGGCUCAUGCCGCAGGACGCGUCGCUGCCGUCAACAAGUUUGAAGAGACCAUCCGCCGACACCUGCCUUCCGACGUCGGGGCGUCGUCGUCGGUGGCCUCGGGAUCCGAUUCCGCCGCUCGACAGGCCGCCCCGAACAUGAACCCGUCGAAAUCGCGUAACGGCGGUGUCGCCCUCGGCCUGUCUGCCUGGAACCGCCACGCCCCCGGCGCCAGCCUCCCCGGCGCGAGCCAGGACAUCAGCCUGUCGCAAAGCUUUUUCGGGCUCAAAAAGCCUGCCACCAAGCCAACCAAGGCGCAAACCCUCGAGCGGCAGCUCGUCAACGGGUCGUACCAGUGCCUCACCGGCGACUCGUGCCAGGUCUGUGCCGGCACCCAGUACCUCGAGGACGGACGCAUCUGCAUGGCCUGCACCGAGCAGCCCUUCGCAACCCUCCCGCGCGACCCGAGCCGGCCCCGCCCGCUAUCCCUCAGCAAAGGCGCAGACGGGACCCUGGCCCAGGGAAUCAAGAGCAGCGCCAAUCGAUUCAAGGACAAGAUGACGGGUCUGCUGAGACACCGCAAGUCGGUCGAGACCUUUGAUCUCAACGACGGCGAGCCCUCGGGUGAGCGACAGCAUGCCACCGGGUCGCUCUUCCGCCGUGGCCGCUUCCGCAAAGCCAGGCAGGAAGGGGAAGAGGGCCCCAGACUCAACUCCAAGCCCAGCCUGGACCCCGGCCCGUUCAGUCCGUGGAUCAAGGAGCAAAAGGAGUCUGACCGAGUGUCGCUGGCCUCCACCUCAUCGUCGUCACCUCAUAUGCCGGCCGAUGCAACGCUCGCGCGCUCGCUCCCUCGUACGCUGCCCAAGACGCCGCAGCUAUCGCCGCUGAUGAGCCCUGCAGCCAGCCCUCCGCUGGACCCUCGUGCCAGCCCGGAGAUGAUCAUGGAGGAUCCGUCGAUCCGGUCCGACAAGCUCAAGAGAAUGUACCACGACGUGCUCUAUAACGACGUGAGCCUCGACGACCUUGCGGACCAACUGGCAAUGAUCGACUAGGCCGGCUGUGGCCAUGUCGUCACCGCGGCUGGCACCGUUGUACCUGGCGCCAUUGUAGCUAGCAUCAUUCGUGGUUGGCAUCGCUUGUGGUUGGCAUCGUUUGUGGUUAAGGUCGUUUGUGAGCACAUUCACUUUUUUUCAUUUUGCACUGUGGG